CGCCGAAGGGUUUGGCUACAGCACACCGACGUGCACCCCACGCAGCAGGGGCAGGUUUCACCAGCUCUUUGUCUGUACCUUCCCGGUCCGUAAACGGGGGCAAAACACUUCAGUCACAAGGCGCAGUGAACAUCAGUUUGUUCGUACUUGGUGGGCCUGGCUCUGGCAAAGGUAGCCAAUGCGAAUGGUUAGCCAAGAAAUACGGAUUUACUCACCUGUCUGCUGGUGACCUUCUCCAAAAUGAGUUAUCGUCAUUUUCAGAGAGAAGCACGUUGAUCAAAGACGUCGUGGAAUGCGGUGAACCAGUGCCUGGUGGUAUUGUCCUAGAGCUGCUGAAGGAAGCCAUGGUUUCCAAGCUAGGGGACACAAAAGGGUUCCUGAUCGACGGGUAUCCUCGGGAGCUGAAAGAAGCAGAAGAGUUUGAGAGCAAGAUUGGAGAACCAAAACUUGUGUUCUGCUUGGACUGCUCUGCAGAAACCAUGAGCAGUCGCCUUCUGAUGAGGGAUGAGAGCAGCCAGCGCUCCGAUAACGCCGAAACCAUCAAGGAAGGAAUCGAAAGCUAUUACCAAGCAUCAAAGCCUGUGAUUGCAUACUAUGAAAGGAAAGCACAGUUAUGCAAGGUUGAUGCAGAAGGAACACAGGAGGAUGUUUUUCUGGAAGUCUGCAAGACAAUUGACUCUUUUCUCGAAAAGGAAGAGGCAGCAUUUUCUUUUUCAACAGAAACGCAGUAG